AUGUUGAAUCAAAAAAUAAAAAGUUAUGACACUUGGGUUAAUAUAUGCCUCACAGAUUGGGGUCUGCAGAAUUUUCUGGUGAACACUGUUAACUUUUACAAAAAUUCUUCCAUCUAUGAAACUAAGUUUAUUAAAUCUCAGUUGUGCAGCCUUUUGUAUCCUCACAUCUACAGAGUGAAUAACUUUCCUCAGAUUCAUUCCAUCAUGCAGUGGGUCUUCCAGUCAAAGUCAGUGCAAGAACACAUCAACAUCUCCCAAUUUUCUGAAUUAAUUAGAAGCUUAAAGAAAAUCCAGAAUGACCUCAUGGAAGCCAUGGCCAAAUCUAAGUCUGAAGAAACAGUGGUAGAAGCUCAAAGAAAGGCUACUUAUGAGGUCAGUUUGUCUCUCAGAUACUUCUUGAAUUACCUCCAAGAAAAAGAGCAGCCAGACACACAGCUGUUGCUACUCUCCAUUGCAGCUGGUGCAGGAUAUCAUGUGGUAAACAAACAUUUUCAGUAUCUCCUUGGGUGUGAGGAGUUAAACUUCCUACUGCAUGAAGUGCAAACUGCCCAAGAUAAAUACCAGGAGCUCAACAAUAUUUGCACUUACAGAGCCCAGGCAUUCCUAGUGAUCACAGGUUUAACAGCUACCAUUAGAGUCACAGCUGUUUCUCCAAAGGAGAAAACACAACGCUUGACAUUAAUAAAUCAGCACAUGGGACAAUUUUUGUCAAAAGAAGUUGUCCAUGUCCUCUCCAAACAUGGAGCACAUAAGAAUUGGGAAAACCUAGAGAAAGACUUGAGAUUGCUCAUUAAUGGUAACUAUGAUGCCACAAUCUCCUCGUUGCAAAUGGAUGAGAUAAGUAAAAACUUGCAAAGUAUUUUCCAUGAAAGGAAACAACCUCAUGAACCACAUGAUGAUGAUAAUAUCAAUGGGGAAGUCAUUAAAAAUACAGCCUUCUUAGAAUUACUCCAGCAUCUAGGUUUAGAACAAUUUUACCCAAAAAAGAUGAGUAGAACUAACUUCCAUCUGAUCAACAAGACUUCUGUGUACAACAGCAAGCCCUGUUCUGAAAGUGAGCUUCACCAAUAUUUCCUUCAGAAGCUACAAGUGCUGGAUUAUGAGCUGAGAUACCUGCUCUUCAGAGAUGAUGGAGACACACAGAAUCAAGUAAAUCCAAGUGCCUUAAAUAAGGACAAUGAGGCUUUUAACCCAUAUAAAUACUUGUUUGAAGACAGGGAUACUCCCAUUAGCCCUUCACCCUCUAAACAUAGGCCCCAUAUUCACCCAAUGGAUAUUCAGAUGGCAAUUCUUCACUGUGCAGAUGAUUUUGCCAGACAGUAUAUUUUGUCCAAACUUUCCAUUUGCCAGUUUGCACUCCCUCUUCUCAUACCUAACCCCUGCAGUUCUCAUAUUGAAUUCUCUCUCUGGUCUUUCAGUCAAAUUAGAAGGAGCUGGCAGGAAGCAAGGAAAUCACCAAGAGAGGAGAAGAUCAAUUACAAGAAUAAGCAGAUGUGUCAAGUCUCCACUCCCAUUGUGUCCUUUAUAAGAGUUGGAAAUGGCUUCUCUGCUUCCAAAUCUCAGAUCAUGAACUGUCUUCUCAGUAAACGUAAACAUGAUGUCUUUUUCCACCGACAUUGUAGAGGGAGCACCAAAGACUGUCUCUUGAUGGGGGGAGUGGUGGAAAUCUGCUGGUUCUGCCCUGGAGGGGAAGAUGAGGACAGAUUUGACAACUGUGUGACCUUCACCAAUCUCCAUGGAGAUGCAAAGGAACAUAAGAAGCAACUUACCUUCCUGCAGGAGGUCUCUUCUCUCAUUGUUGUCCUCAUGUCAACUUCUGAUGACAAUAAAGAAAACCAAAAAAUUAUUCAUGAUCUGAGUCAGUCUCCAAGACCUUUGAUCUGUUUAGUUGAUAACAAAGAUAAAAACGUGGACAAUAAUUCUAGCCAAAAAGUGGUCAUUGGAAUCAGGGACAGAAAUGAAGCAGAAUUAACAGAGGAGCUUGUUACUACAAUCAGACGCUUGCUGGAGCUCUUAGACAAUGCUCUCAGCUUAGAGGACUGUACCCCGAUUGCUCGCAAGCAAGGAUUCCUUAUUGACGAAGACCAGAGAAACUGCAAGGAAGCCAAAGAAAAGGCAGAGGUCCUAAUAGCUCUACUGAGAGAAUGGAAUAUUUCUCAAGUGAAGGAAAACUUACUACCCCUUCAGGGACACCUGUGGCAUCUUUGGUGUAAAAAGGACAAAGAACUCUAUCAUCUAAGAGACAAAGGGAAUCGGAGCAUUGAACAACAUAAGAGUGAGAUUGAGACAGAAAAACAAAAUAUACGGAGUCAACAGUUGAGCAGAGCCUUUCCUCUCAAUGAAUUAAUGCAGUCUGUCCUUGAAAUUCUCCAAAAUUAUUCUGAAACUCAAACCACACACUACUUUUUGCAAUGGUUGAGUGUGCUUUUGGACAACUUGACUGCAGGACACUUGGAAAAACUGAAUGAAAAGAAAAACAUUUUGUGGUCACGGAUACAAAAAGAAAAGCAAAAGGCACCAAAGAGCACUGACGUCCAAGACUGGCAAAAAGAGAUAGAAGCUAUCUCAACAGAGAUUAGUGACUGUACAUUGGGAAUUGAGCAACUUCUCAGAGAAGUUGGCCAGAUCUAUGAAGCUCUAGAAGAAGCUUCCCCAACUAAAGAUAACCUUUAUCUUUCCCUUCCCCAGAUUGCUGCAAAUCUGCUGAUAUCUGGUGCUCCCAUUGAGCUGAUGGAUGGGGAUACUUCAUAUGUGCCUGUAAAGUGGGUGGGAGCUGUUUUUGACAAGGUCUCUGAGAAACUUGAAAACAAACGACUGUUUGUUCUCUCUAUCCUUGGCCUACAGAGCUCAGGGAAGUCCACUCUGCUGAAUGCACUUUUUGGGCUGCAGUUCACGGUCAGUGCUGGGAGGUGUACCCGGGGGGCCUACAUGCAGCUCCUGAAGGUCGAGGACACUUUCACAGAGGAACUGGGCUUUGACUUUGUGCUUGUUGUGGACACAGAAGGCCUUCGGGCCCCAGAACUCAGCAACAAAUCCAAAAAUCGUGACAAUGAGUUGGCAACCUUUGUCAUUGGACUUGGAAACUUGACUCUGAUCAAUAUUUUUGGGGAAAAUCCAUCAGAAAUGCAAGAUAUUCUACAAAUAGUUGUCCAAGCCUUUAUGAGGAUGAAACAAGUAAAAAUCUCCCCAAGUUGCAUUUUUAUCCAUCAGAAUGUGGGGGAAGUCACAGCUAAAGACCAAACUAUGGAAGGACGGAGGCGGUUAGAGCAGAGACUAGAUGAAAUGGCCACAAUAGCAGCUGAGCAAGAACAGUGCUCAGAUGUAACCCGCUUUGGUGAUAUCAUUAAAUUUGAUGCUAUUCGUGAAUCCACAGCAAUAGCCAAAGAUAAAAGCAGCACUGUGUCUGGGUGGUUGGAUUUGUUCUGUGAUCACCUGGGGAGUAAAUUGAACUUUCCACGAAAAGACUUGAUAAGCAUUGAACACCAGGAGAUUAAUGAUAUUGAAUUUCUCAAAAAAGCCAUGAGUGAAGCUUUGGAUGACUUAAUGACUGUAGUAGAAAAGACACGUUUCAGUAUGCCUGAAGAAGACAUGGUUCCUGAAAUCCAGAACAUGCUCUCUGAACAUCUGUGUGGCUGCUGGAAACAGUGUCCCUUCUGUGGAGCAAUCUGUACAAACACAAUCCCUAACCAUGACGGAGACCACAGUGUUCCUUUCCACCGUCCCAAAGCUGUCAAUGGAGGCCAAUGGGUUAACACAGACCACUUUAACAUUGACUGCUGUACUAGUUUGGUAGCAAGUAAUCAUUCUUUUGUUUUAAAUGGUCGUGACAUCCCAUUUAAGACCUAUCGACAGGCAGGAGGGGAAUUUGCCAAAUGGAGCAUCACCCCAGACACAUCCACCCAGCCAUACUGGAAAUGGUUUGUCUGUCACUUCAGAUCAAACCUAGAAGGGAAAUAUGAGAAACAAUUUACAGAUAAAGGUAAAAUCCCAGAUGCAUGGACCAAGAUCACAAAACAAAAUGUGCUUGAUGACUUGAAACAACAAUAAUACUCAAUGCCCACAAAAGAGUACCAGAAUCUAAACAAGAAUCACAGUACCUGAACAAUCCAGAAAUACCUUCUUUUCACAAUGAGAAACUUUUUAUUUCCAUUUUUCAAAUGAGAAGGCUAAAUAUAAAUCAAUUAACAUUUCAAGAAUUUAAGACAAAGAAGCAUCUAACAGACCUUCAAACUUCAGAGGGAAGGCAGAGGAUGGUGGGGGUGGGGACUAAGAGAUC